UUUGGACUUUUACAUCUGCCAAACCCUUUUCCUUGAACUGUGGUCACUAAAUGAGGGGAGUCUGGUCUGGGAAGUCCCAUCCAUUCCUUCAAUAGGAUGGGGAGCGGUGAUAGUGUCUCCGGCGAUCUCAAGAAUAGGAGGGAAUGUUGACCAGGGAGCACCGCUGCGGCCGAUCAGAGGAGCAGGAACUGGAACCCUGGCCGAGUCCGAAAAAAGCCAGAUCUAGAAGGUGGCUGCGGAACGGUUUUAAGCGGAAGAUGGAGGAGCCGGAGGAACCGGCGGACAGUGGGCAGUCGCUGGUCCCGGUUUAUAUCUAUAGUCCCGAGUAUGUCAGUAUGUGUGACUCCCUGGCCAAGAUCCCCAAACGGGCCAGUAUGGUGCAUUCUUUGAUUGAAGCAUAUGCACUGCAUAAGCAAAUGAGGAUAGUUAAGCCUAAAGUGGCCUCCAUGGAGGAGAUGGCCACCUUCCACACUGAUGCUUAUCUGCAGCAUCUCCAGAAGGUCAGCCAAGAAGGCGAUGAUGAUCAUCCGGACUCCAUAGAAUAUGGGCUAGGUUAUGACUGCCCAGCCACUGAAGGGAUAUUUGACUAUGCAGCAGCUAUAGGAGGGGCUACCAUCACAGCUGCCCAAUGCCUGAUUGACGGAAUGUGCAAAGUAGCAAUUAACUGGUCUGGAGGGUGGCAUCAUGCAAAGAAAGAUGAAGCAUCUGGUUUUUGUUAUCUCAAUGAUGCUGUCCUGGGAAUAUUACGAUUGCGACGGAAAUUUGAGCGUAUUCUCUACGUGGAUUUGGAUCUGCACCAUGGAGAUGGUGUAGAAGACGCAUUCAGUUUCACCUCCAAAGUCAUGACCGUGUCCCUGCACAAAUUCUCCCCAGGAUUUUUCCCAGGAACAGGUGACGUGUCUGAUGUUGGCCUAGGGAAGGGACGGUACUACAGUGUAAAUGUGCCCAUUCAGGAUGGCAUACAAGAUGAAAAAUAUUACCAGAUCUGUGAAAGUGUACUAAAGGAAGUAUACCAAGCCUUUAAUCCCAAAGCAGUGGUCUUACAGCUGGGAGCUGACACAAUAGCUGGGGAUCCCAUGUGCUCCUUUAACAUGACUCCAGUGGGAAUUGGCAAGUGUCUUAAGUACAUCCUUCAAUGGCAGUUGGCAACACUCAUUUUGGGAGGAGGAGGCUAUAACCUUGCCAACACGGCUCGAUGCUGGACAUACUUGACCGGGGUCAUCCUAGGGAAAACACUAUCCUCUGAGAUCCCAGAUCAUGAGCUCCUGGAAUUCAAGGAUAGCAAUUCACUAGAGGCUUCAGGCACAAGACAGAAUCAGUGCACUUGGAAGAUAGGAUAAUUGAAAUGAACCAAUCUGAGGGACAGGAAAAAAAAGAACGAAGAAUAAUUAGCAGAGCCUAAGGGACCUGUGGGACACCAUCAAGUGGUCCAACAUACACAUUAUGGGAGUAACAGAAAAAAGAGAAGAGGUUAUGAAAGGGAUAGAAGAAUUUUUAAAUAAAUAAUGACCAAAAACUUCCCAAAUUUGAUGAAAAGCAUUGAACAUAAGGAUCCAAGAGGCUUAAUGAACUCCAAGUAGAAUAAUAACUCCAAGUAGAAUAGACCCACAUCAAGACACAUUAUAAUCAAACUGUUGACAAAGACAAAGAGAGAAUCUUGAAAGCAGCAAGAGAGAAACAACUCAUCACAUACAAGGGAUUCUCAAUAAGGUUCAUAACUGAUUUCUCAUCUGAGACCAUGGAGGCCAGAAUACAAUGGGAUGACAUAUUUAAAGUUCUGAAAGAAAAACACUGUAAAACAAGAAUUCUAUAUCCAGCAAAACUGCACUUCAAACUUGAGUGAAAAUGUAAGACAUUCUCAGAUAAACAAAAGCUGAGGGAGUCUAUUACCACUAAUCCUAUCCUAGAAGAAGUACUAAAAGGAGUCCUUCUGGUUGAAGUGAAAGGACACUAGACUGUAAAUCGAAGCUAUAUGAAGGAAUAAAGAUCUCCAGUAAAGAAAUCUACAUGGGCAAACAUAAAAGCAAGUCUUAUUAAUUUUUGGUCUGUAACUUGACUCUUUAUUUUCUGCAUGAUUAAAAAGACAAAUACAUAAAAAUUAUAAAUCUAUGUUACUGGGCACACAGUGUAUAAAUAUAUGAUCUGUGACAACAACAACAUAAAGAAAGCAGUGGAACUGAAUAAUAGCAGAGUUUUCAUGUGCUAUUAACGUUGGUACAUGGGUAGAGUUGGAAGCCAUUAUCCUCAGCUUACUAAUACAAGAACAGAAAACCAAACACCACAUGUUCUCACUUUUUUCCCCAACACGUGGACACAUGGAGGGGAACAACACACACUGGAGCCUGUCAGGAGGGGGUUGGGGAAGGGAGAGCAUCAAAAAGAAAGCUAAUAGAUUCAGGCUUAACACCUAGGUGAUGGGAUGACCUGUGCAGCAGACCAGCAUGGCAGACGUUUACCUGUGUAACAAACCUCCACAUGUACACCUGAGCUUAAAAUAAAAGUUGAAGAAACAUUUU